AUGGCUGCUUUUCUACGAAGUAACGAAGUCGAAAUAGAAAGAACAGGCGUUAGUGCUAAUGUUCCAUACAAUGACGUCGCACGUCUCAUGUAUUAUUUGCAUUGUGCUUGUACAUCAAUCGACUGCAAUGAUGAUGCAGCAAUUCAACGUUUUACAAAUUACCAAAACUGGUCGUAUCUGUCGCUAGAUGAGAAAAAAGCACUCGUCGUCUUAUGCUAUUCAUUCAGUCCAGAUGUGUUGGACAAUAAAGUUUUCUUUCAAAGUGAUGAAUUGUGUGGUAACAGUACAAAUCAAUUCUACAAAAUAAGUCAACUUAGGCACGAAAUCUUAGCUUCAGAAUCCAUCGUCAUCGCUGGACGAACUCGUCAAGUCAAUAAGAUCAUGACAUAUAAGAUGCAAUGGAUGACAACAUAUUAUAUUGAGCCAAUGAGACGACUUCUAGCACAAUUCGAGAGUCAAUCACGAGCUCCUGCUAUAACUUACACUCCGACUUACAGUGCACCUAGUUCUCGUCCACCUGUCAUACGUCAACCGAUCAAGAAAAGUUCCAAAUGUAGCUGUAAAUGUGUCGUUGGUUUUAUUUGUUGUAUCAUCGUUACUAUUAUUAUUAUUUCUGCGAUUGUUUCUGUAACAAAGAAAUAA